ACAAAUUACGGUAGUGUCUAAAUCUCACGCCGCUGCCGGCAACCGCCGUUUACUUUUAAAUAUCGUGGCUUUACGUCGACGAUGAUAGUCGACUGGGACGAUCAUCCUGACGAAGCACAAAAGGCGGAGCAAGAUUAUAACCUCAAUUUCGACUUUCUUUCUCUAGUUUCCAAGCCCAAGGAUUAUUAUAAGAUAUUGGAAAUUGAUUACGAUGCCACGGAGGAUGCUAUUCGCUCCAAUUAUAUCCGUCUUGCACUGAAAUGGCAUCCAGAUAAGCAAAAGGAAGAUGAGAAUAACGCCACUUCAAGAUUUCAAGAGAUAAACGAGGCUUAUCAGGUGCUAAUUGAUCCAGUCAAGAGGAGUGAAUAUGACAAGAAGGGGAUGUUGUACGCUUACGACAAUGACAUAAUUGAGUACCUUAACCGUUACAAGGGCCUUAUAUUAACAUGUAAUGGUCUUGGGGUUAGGCAAUCUAUUUGGUAAGGCCUGACAGGAGGAACCAAGGUCCUUUCUGUUUAUUGUCGCAAUGCUCGAACUUUGAGAAAACCAGAUUUGUUGACAGUGCAGUUGAGAAUGAGAACAAGCUUCGAUGUAUUACAAGGUUAUGUUAUACAACGGUUGUGAAGCAGAGAAAUUCAUGUAAUCUGUAACAUCUUAUGCUUGUCCGUCUUAUGAGGGUAUGACCAGUCGUCAAAUGCAUGCCUGUUAUUAGUAGGGCUGUUGUUGGUGUUUUCUUGUUAGGUAGGAAUGUAGGAGCAAUAUAUUAUGGGAACCAAUAUUCUACUACUAGCUAGUUAAUGGGUUGGCCAGUGCUCUUUCUCUUUUACUUGUCUUGGUAACUUGUUAGUUCAGACAUUGAUAUUAGUCUAGUCAGUGGCUCAAGUUCACCGAUUCUAGCGAAAGCUAAUGUGUAGACAUAUAUGGUAGAAUCGUAAUCAUAGA